CGCCGGCGCAUCACAGUCAAAACAACCUUCAGAAUGAGCGCUCACGCUCUCUGGGUCCUCUGUGCAGUGGUCUGUGUUGCUGGUGUGAGUGCCACAGUGCAAGAUGCGCCUGCACCUGAUAAGAAAAUCGAACUUUUUGAUGGGGUCCGGGUCAAUAUACCCCAGGAGAGCAACAGCACGGGACCGGUGAUGUCUUUGGAGGUGGACACCGGGAGUACAGUCGUAGGUCGAGGGAAGCAGAAGAAGCUCCUGGAGCGAAUCCUGCCGAUGUUCAUCAUGCCGUUCCUCAUCCAGUCCACGAUAGUCCCGCUAUUCCUCAGCAUGCUCAAGUUCAUGCUGAUGAAGUCUCUCUUCGUGGGAAAACUCGCUCUCAUGCUGAUUAUUAUUAACGCGUUUAAAAAUAAUAACGCCGUAAAGGGACGAGAUGCUGUGAUGGCAGAUAUACACUAUGGGUACCAUGGAAACGGGAUGGAAGAGUAUGGUGCAUACGUAAAUUAAAGGCUAUGUAGAGAGAGAGAAUAAAGAUAUUGAUAGAGAAAUAUCAGUUUAGGGCAGUCCACUACUCGUGAUAAACUCGUGGAGCCCCAAAAGCUCUCCCACCUUUUCAUCCAGUAAUUCAGCUAUUAAUAAAUCUUCAAAAUGUUCGGUUAUUCUAAAGUGACGACAUUCAAUAACCCCGUCAAGUGACGGUUAUCUGGUUCGCAGUGUCUGUGUUUAAUUUCGUUUCUAAGGAAAAUAAGAACAAUUUCCUUGUUUAUUUUCGACGAAAAUUUUGGUGGCAUCUUUAGGCCUAUACAUACUUACCUAUGCAGCUUAGCAGGAUUAUGAAAAAAGUAUGUAAACCACUGCUUCCAUUGCGGUGACAAAACCAGACGAUUUCAGUUUUUCUACAAAAAGGUUGUUUCUUCAACAAUGACUCUCUUACUAAGUAAGACCUAGCUAAUCUAGAUUUAUUAAAAUACUUAAAUGUGAUAAUGGCAGCACGUUCGCACAUUUAAGUAUUCAAAGGAUGAAAAUCUUUUAAGAUUGUGGUAAUUAAGUUAGCUUUAGCCUUUUCUAAGUCAUACUUUUAUCAUGAAAAAUUGUCUUGUACUUAUAUCAAUUAUUAUAAGUAUUUUUCAGUGAUUGUACCUAAAAGUACCUACAUAAUUUACCUAAAAAUAUUAUUCCACCCACAGCAUCAUCUCUAAAAUCUGAGGCCUCCACCUAAUUACUAUCAAUACUAGGUACUAAGUAGCAUUUGUAUACACUUUUGAGAGCAAAAGUAAAAAAGGAAGCCUAAAUUCCUCAGACAAAAACAAUUAUGUAUGAGACUUUUUAAUGAACUUUCACUGAGCGACUUUUUGGUUUGUUUGUCCGUAGAUAGGUGAUACGUAGUAUUAAGACUAUAUCACCUGUAAUCACAAACGAUGCUUACUUAAGUGAAGCAGCAAAUCGAACGCACAGUGUUGAAUAGAGCUCUGUAAUUGGUUCGUGUGUCACCCUGUGCGUCCACGCGCACUGUGAGACCUCUUAGUAAUGUUUGUGAAUACGGGCGCGGGGUUGUUUUUCAACACCUAUUGAAAACAAACAUAUUAUAAGCAUAAUUGAAAACAAACAUAUUAUAAGCAUAAUUUGUCUGUACAUUCUAACU